AUGAAAUAAUUGUGCAGAAGCCAGAGCUCACCAGUCCAUCGAUCUGUCAUGCUCCUGGUGGGGAAUACUUUGUAGAAGGAGAGACAUGGAAUAUUGAUUCUUGCACACAGUGUACAUGCCACAGUGGACGUGUCCUGUGUGAGACUGAAGUCUGUCCACCUCUUCUUUGUCAAAACCCCACCCGCACACAGGACUCCUGCUGUCCACAAUGCCCAGAUGAGCCUCUUCAGCCCUCUUCAUCAACCAAUGAGAGCAUGCCCAGUUAUUGCAAAAACGAUGAAGGAGAUAUUUUUCUGACAGCUGAGUCCUGGAAGCCCAAUGUUUGCACUAGCUGCGUUUGCAUGGAUGGUGUGAUUAGAUGCUACUCUGAGUCUUGCCCACCGGUAUCCUGUGAGAGACCUGUUUUGAGAAAGGGACAAUGUUGUCCUUACUGUAUUGAAGAUACAGUUCCAAAGAAAGUGGUCUGCCACUUCAAUGGAAAAACAUACGCAGAUGAGGAACGCUGGGACAUUGACAGCUGCACACACUGCUACUGCCUGCAGGGUCAGACUCUCUGCUCCACCGUCAGCUGCCCGCCCCUCCCUUGUGCUGAACCCAUCAACGUGGAGGGAAGCUGCUGUCCCAUGUGUCCAGAGAUGUAUGUACCUGAACCUACUAACAUCCCCAUUGAGAAGACAAAUCAUCGAGGAGAUAUUGAACUAGAAGUACCAAACUGGCCAACACCAAGUGAAAAUGACAUCAUCCACAUUCACAGAGACAUGAGUCACCUCCAGGGAGAGUACAGAAGUGGCAGUGGACCACACCCAAGUGAAGAUGCCUCGGUUGGCUCUGUUGCCUUGGUGACAAUUCCAAUCACGAUAGCGCUGUUACUGAUCAUCGUUCUUCUGCUUGUCAAUCAGAAAAAGCAGUGGAUUCCAGUGUCCUGCUACAAAGCUCCAUCAAAGCCUUCUUGCCUAAACAAUCAACUGGUAUAUGUGGACUGCAAGAAAGGUACCAUGGUCCAAGUGGACAGUUCUCAGAGGAUGCUAAGAAUUGCAGACCCAGAUUCAAGAUACAGUGGAUUUUACAGCAUGCAGAAACAGAACAACCUACAGGCAGAUAAUUUCUAUCAAACAGUUUGAAGAAUUGCACCCUUACCAAGGAUUAGAGAGAGAGAGAGAGAGAGAGAGAGAGAGACUAAGUCUGCUAUUAAAAUAAAACUAGAAUUGUGCACUUGCUUAGUGGAUUGUAUUGGAUUUGUGACUACAUGUACAGCUCUAAGACCUUACUGGGAUGAGCUCUGACUCCGGCAAUGUGCCAGAAAAAGCAUUCCCACUUUUCCUUGAGAUAACUGACCAAGUGUUUUCUUAGAACCAAAGUUUUAAAACUUGUUAAGAUGUAUUUGCUUGUAACAUAGCUAUAGAGGUUUUUUGGGAGGGGGAAUCAGGGGCUAGGGGUAGGCAAUGAGGUAAAAGGAAGCUUCAGAGAAGAAAAGCUGGUCAUGCUUGGCUGGAGAAGAAAACGAAUAAAGAAUACUGCCGAGCAACAGGAUAGUGGUUUUUCUUGUUGCUCUGAAAUUGCAUCUGUUGCAGCAAAGCCUAACCCCAGGU